AUGAAACAGCCCUCUCUCAUCCCCCUCCACCUCCUUCCCCCGCCGCCCCACUCGCCAGACUGGGAAGGUGAGUCCGCUCAUCCUGGCAGCCUGCAAUGCUAGUUCUCUUUUAUACAAUCCGAGGAGCGACCCACCGGAACGGAGGACUGCGCUGGUGACUCGGGAACUGGCGCGCUACAAGACGCACAUCGCUGCACUCAGCGAGAGCCGGUUCUCCGAACAAAGGAAAGUGGAGGAGGUUGGUGUCGCCUACACCUUCUUUCGAAGCUGCCGCCCCAGCGCAGAGCGACGGGACGCGAGCGUCGCCCUUGCCAUCCGGAACGACUGUCCCGUCUGCCGCAGGCAUCAACGAUCGCCUGAUGAGCCUCUGCCUGCUUCUCCAGGGAGACAAAUUCGCCACAAUCGUUAACGUCUACGUUCCCCCUAUGACCGGUCCCGAUGCUGCAAGGAACAAAUUGUACAACGACCUGCACGCGCUCCUGCCGUCUGUGUCGAAGGCGGAUAAGAUGAUUGUCCCUGAUGACUUCAACGUCCGAGUCGGCACGGACCAUGCCGCAUAG